AUGCAAAGAUUGCUCAUAAAUAUACUGUCCAUCACAAUCCUUCUGUCGUCGUAUCUGACACUGACAACAGCUGAUGACAGCGGCGUCGUCACCCUGCUGGGUUGCUAUUCAAGUCUGCCUUCAAGCUUCAGUCUAAUCAAUACGUAUGCAUACCAAACUAAAUCGUAUUGUCAAGGAAAAUGUGAAGGCUAUUCUUAUUUCGCUUUAGCUAACCACGCUAAUUGCUAUUGUGGAAAUGAAAACCCCGCUGAUACCGAAUCGGCUACAGGUACGUGUGACACUUAUUGUUAUGGUUAUAACUCAGAUAUGUGUGGUGGUGAAUCUUCGUAUUCUGUUUAUUCGACGGGUGAAACAGACGAUGAAGAUACUUCUUCUUCAUCCUCUUCGUCAGUGUCUUCCUCUUCAUCGUCAUCGUCGUCGACGUCUUCAGGUUCAUCUUCCACUCAUAAUAGUGUAUCUGCCCUGGGCUCCCAAUUGAAUAUCUUAGCGUCAUCUUCAUCUGAUGUGGUUUCGUCUCCUAUUACGUCAGUGACAGACUCGGCUGCUUCUACAUCGGUGGUAUUUUCAACUACUUUCCAUACCGAAGGUGGUUCAACGAUCUUUGUAACUAACACUAUUACUAAAAGCGCGAUUGCUACUGGUACAAGUAACAAUGGCACUACUACUAAUGAUAACACUAAUGGGAAUGGUUCCAAGAAGAAAACUAAUGUGGGUGCGAUCGUUGGUGGAGUCGUCGGCGGGGUCGUCGGUGCUAUCGUUAUUGCAAUUAUUGCUUUGUUUGGAGUUAGACAUUACAAUAUGAAAAAGGAAGAAGAUAGAAUGGAAAAAGAAUAUCAAGAAGCAAUUAAACCAGUGGAAUAUAAACCAAAUAAUGUCGCUGCUGAUACGUUAUCCUUAUCAUCUCAUGGAAGUCGUAGUUUUGACGCUAAUAAUAAAGAAGAUGGAAUGUUCAGAUCAAGUGGAUCAACAGGUAAUAUUAAUCAAAACUUAAUGAAUAAUAAUAACAACAAUAACAAUAACAAUAAUAAUAACAAUAACGACAAUAUGACAUAUAAUGAUAAUAAUAUCAACAGCAACAACAAUAAUAAUAUUAAUAACAGCAGCAGCAACAACAACAUUAGUAACCCAUUCGACGAUUCAAAGAGAAUAUCGACUGGCUCAAUAUUUACAGGACAACCAGGUUCAAACAAUGGGAACGUCCUAACGGUGGUCAACCCAGACCAGGACUAA